CUAUUUCCGAUGAUUAAGUUCUAGUACUGUUGGUAAUUUGCUAGUUAUUCGUAGUUCUAAUGUUUGCACUCUUUUUCGUAGGCACCUGCAUAAUGAGAUCUCUGAACAACAAACACUGGUGGAGACAUUUGCAUUUGUUGACCCGGGAUCCACUUAUCACUUAAACGCCAAUUUUGAAAAAUACAUUGUUGAACGGUUGAAAGAGGGUAACCCGGAUCGGCUGUUCUUUUGGCCACACAAUCAGAAUAUGCAUUGGAUUCUGACUAUUAUUUGGGAAGGCGAAAUAUAUAUUCUCAAUCCGCUCCCUCACCCAACACAAUUUCCAGAGCUUGAAAAAGUGUUAUCAAGCGCGAUUAAGACGUUUAAUUCUGAAACUGGUAGGAGCAACAAGCCACCUAAGGCAAAGUUUUUAAGUGGAUCUCCCAAACAACCUGGUGGCCAUGAAUGCGGUUACGUAGUCAUGCGUUACAUGAAAGAUAUUAUCGCUGACACGAGAUUAAGUUUUACUUCAAAGUGGCUGGCCAAGAGUCGAGUUUCUUACACCGAGGAGCAGCUUGAUGAAGUGCGUAUUGAGGCUCUCCAGUUCUGCCAGGACCACAUAUGACCAGUUUCUUAGCAGUCGAGGUUUCAACUGUCUAAACAGUAUGUUUGCGGACAAGUGGAGGUUUCUACUGUGAACAAUUUGAUAUGCAGUAACUAAUAGUUUUUUGGUAGCUUUUGUGGAUUGAAUGGGUACAAUGAUAAGUGGUUUGCAUAUGCUUAAGUAUUUAGUAGUUUGUUUUGCGUAUUGAACGACGUACGAUCUUAGUUGGCUUUGUGUAGUAGUUGGUUUGUUGGAUGAUGGCAGAAUUGUUGUUGGUUUUGCAAAUUGAAUUUGUUUGAUUGGAUUGAAGUAGAUUUGGAUGUGUAUUGUGGAUGGUGCAAUAUAUAUUCAGGCUGGUAUAUUAUGGAUGCCAGUUUUUUAAAUUUUGUUUGUGCAUGGAUGGACAUUAGUUUUUUUAAUAUAACCGUAGAAAGUAAUAUCUAUUUGUAAGAAGCACAUCAGAUUUUUCAACAAAUUUUGAUGUCUUAAACUAAGAUACAAAUCAGUUUUUUUUGCUUUAAAACAGAUGUCUAAAA